AAAUUCAAAAGAGGAGUCUCGACGUUUGACCUUGACGAUGCCAGAUCAACAUAUUUAAGGAGGAAAGAGGCAAGAAGCUGGACAGCAAGCUCGUUCUUUGACAGAAAACACUCAGAGGAGUCGGCCGCACGUGGAACACUCAUCUGUACAAGAAAAGUUCCAGAAAUAAACAAUGGCGGAACAGUCUGUACAAAUUCCCUCUCAAGUCAUUGAAGGAGUCCAGGUCAAUCUGAUGUAUGACCCGGAAGUUGUCCGCUCAGCUAUGAAUUACAAACCUCGGCCUGAUGAUGUUUUCAUUGCAACCUAUCCCAAGUGUGGAACCACCUGGGCCCAACACAUAUUCUUGUUAAUCUUCCGCCAGGGGGAGCCUCUGGAAUCGCAGAUGAUGUUUUUCACAGCUACACCUUUUCUUGAAAUUGCAGGCGCCAAGGGGGCAGAAAGUAUGCCAAGACCUGGAGCUUUGAAAACCCAUCUUCCUUUUCGUGUGAUUCCUUGGUCUGAUGAAGCCAAAUACGUUUAUAUAACAAGAAACCCUAAAGACUGCUGCGUCUCGUACUAUCACCACUUAAAAGACCUUCCAUUCCAUGGUUUCGCCGGAGAUUUUAAUCAGUUCUUUGAAUUGUUCAUAUCUGGAAAUAUUGACUUCGGAGACUACUUCGAUCAUGUGAUGGAAUGGUACGAACACAGAAACGACCCAAACGUCCUUUUCAUGACAUACGAAGAAAUGAAAGAAGACCCCCAAGGUGCGAUUCUGAAAAUGGCUUCUUUCGUUGACGAAGACAAAUACGCCAAACCCCUGAGGGACGAUCCCCAGAAAUUGAAGAACGUGCUGGAGUACAGCAGUUUCAAAUACAUGAAAGAGGUGUUCAACAAAGGAAUGGACAAACUUUUUAAUUUGUCGGAAGAAGACUUGAAUAAGAUCGAUUUUCCGGACGAAGUGAAGCAGCUUUUCGCCAGAUUGAAAGAAAACGCCUCACCAAUGAGCGCUCCUCCUCCCCCGACCAACUUUAUUCGAAAGGGUAUCAUUGGGGAUUGGAAGAAUUAUUUCACAGAAGAGCAGAGUAAACGUUUGAAUCAGAAAUUCGAAGAAAGAAUGAAGGGCACAGAACUUGAAAAUAUGUGGAAGAAGUAUAUGUAAUACUCGUUCUUUCACAGCAGCCUUUGGUUCUUGGAUAUAUCUGCAAUGUUCUCUUGUUGCUUAACCUCUUAAUUGUGUAUUUCAAAACUCACUUGUGCAUUAAAUUGUGAUUUAAAAAAAAAA